AUGCCUUGGAUAUUUCGUUAUUUUCUUGUCUGUGUCUCGGUCGCCAACAUUGCAAUCGCUGAGGAUCAAUGCAGGAUAGAAAUGAACAUUCGUGGAAUGGCUCUCAAAGGUUUCGCUUUUAAGAGAAUGGCGGUGGCGGCUCCUCACAUCUGUGAUAUCUUAUGUGAAAGGGAAAUUAUCUGCCAGAGCUAUAAUUUCAACAGAAAAGAACAGAUCUGUGAAUUAAACAACCGCACAAAGGAUGCAAGACCCGAGAAUUUCCGCUCAGACCCAGCGUGGUUUUAUAUUCGCCGUUUAAACGGAAGAGCUCCCUUGGGUUCGAUACAGGAGUUACCAGCACGUUCAUGCCGAGAAAUAACAGCAAGCGAAGGGAAAGACACACCAAGCAACAAAUACUGGCUGGAUCCAUCUGGCACUGGGAAGGCAGUGUUGGUUUACUGUGAUAUGAAUUUGGAAGAUCAUGAUGAAUGCAUCAGUGGAAACAUUGCCUGUGACGUGAAUGCAUACUGUACCAACACUGUGGGUUCCUAUUACUGUACCUGCAAGGAAGGAUACACUGGCGAUGGACGCUUGUGUUCAGAUGUUUGGAAUGCUUAUACGCAAAAUCCUCGCAAGAAUAUCGCAACAUGCCAAGCUAGGUUUACAGACAGAGAUUAUCACUGUUUCCGUGUUAGUGGAUCUGGAUUUAAAGGCCAUGAUUGUGAUGAGGACAUAGAUGAGUGUUUGAACGGAACACACGGUUGUGAUGUGAAUGCUGAGUGUAACAAUACCCUGGGAUCUUACAAGUGCACGUGUAAAGAUGGAUUUCAAGGAAAUGGAACCAAAUGCACAGAUAGCAACGAAUGCACUGAAGGAAAACACGACUGUGAUGUAAAUGCUGAGUGUAACAAUACCUUGGGAUCUUACAAAUGCACUUGUAAGGAUGGAUAUGAGGGAAAUGGAACCAACUGCACAGAUAGCAACGAAUGCACUGAAGGAAAACACGACUGUGAUGUAAAUGCUGAGUGUAACAAUACCUUGGGAUCUUACAAAUGCACUUGUAUGGAUGGAUAUGAGGGAAAUGGAACCAACUGCACAGAUAGCAAGGAAUGCACUGAAGGAAAACACGACUGUGAUGUAAAUGCUGAGUGUAACAAUACCUUGGGAUCUUACAAAUGCACUUGUAAGGAUGGAUAUGAGGGAAAUGGAACCAACUGCACAGAUACCAACGAAUGCACUGAAGGAAAACACGACUGUGAUGUAAAUGCUGAGUGUAACAAUACCUUGGGAUCUUACAAAUGCACUUGUAAGGAUGGAUAUGAAGGAAAUGGAACCAACUGCACAGGAUUUACAGCUGUGUUUACAAAUCUUGGUAAGAUUGGAUCAGAGGGUCCAAAGUCGAUUGGUAGUCAUUACAAAGAUCAAGACCAUGACGGACAAGUAACAGUGUCCAGCGGUAUUCAAGAUUGGACUGUGCCACGCACUGGUAAAUACAGAAUAGAAGCAAUAGGAGCCUCAGGGGGGUACAGUGAGGACAGUUUUAUCAAAACCGGAGGAAGAGGGGCACGAAUGAUUGGAAACUUUAAUUUGACCAAAGAUGAGAUCAUUUAUGUACUUGUUGGUCAAAAAGGGGAAAAAGGGAAUUCAAACCCAAAAACUGCCGGAGGUGGAGGAGGUACAUUUGUAGUCAGUGAAAACAAUAAGUUUUUGAUUAUAGCUGGAGGUGGAGGAGGAAUGAAAAAUGUAUUGGAACAACAUCCUGGAUGUGAUGCGUCCAUAAACACAAAAGGGAAUGGAGGGUAUAACUUGCCAUUGGGUUCAGGAGGAAGCAACGGAAAUGGAGGAAAGGCCAGUACAAAAUAUUCAGGUGGUGGUGGCGGCGGCUUCUACAGUAAUGGACAAAGCGCUUCGAGCGGUACUGGUCGAGGAGGUAAAGGAUAUCUUCAGGGAGGAGAGGGUGGAAAUGGUAGGGGUGGGUUUGGAGGUGGCGGUGGUUUACGUGGAGGUGGCGGUGGUUUACGAGGAGGUAACGGCGGAGCUGGAGGCGGUGGAGGUUACUCUGGAGGAAAUGGUGGAGCUAAUGAACAGUUUUCUUGUGGAGGAGGGGGAGGAUCUUUUAACAGUGGGACAAAUCAGCAGAAUGAAUGUUGUUUUAAUAGGUAUGGACAUGGUAGAGUGAUCAUCACGUUUCUUCAGUGACAUGCCCAUGGCAGCACUUUCUCUAACGUGUGAGGCUAAUUCUG